AUGGCAUCGUUCGGAGCCAAAUUGAGGUUUGUAGCCACUGCAGGCGUUGGAUUCUUCGCAGAUGGCUAUCUUAACCUGACAAUUGGACUUGUGGUCCCAAUUCUGGGUUACCUAUACUUCCAAGAUGACAAGGUACCGUCAGUCGACAGCGACAUCAUGAAAGGUGGUCUGAGCCUGGGAAUGGUAGUUGGCCAGCUUCUUUUUGGAGUUCUGAGUGAUGUUUGUGGUCGCCACACCGUUUACGGCAAAGAACUCCUCCUCACCAUAUUUGGAACCCUAUUGGUAGUCUUGCUGCCUUGGAACGGGAUGUCGGCCCAGUCUGUGACGGCAUGGGUUGCAAUUUUUCGUGUUGUGACCGGAGUUGGAAUUGGUGCUGAUUAUCCAUUGUCUUCAUCUUUGGCGGCAGAAAAGUCACCAUUUGGCUCCCGUGCUAUUCAAGUGUUGACUGUCUUCUCGAAUAUCGGCCUCGGCAAUAUUUCAGCCAGCAUUGUGUUUCUGAUCUUGCUUAAGGCAUUCAAAGGGGCGAUAGCCAACAACAUAAGCCGUCUCGAAUGGGUCUGGCGUUUGCUAUUGGGCAUUGGAAUUGUGCCAGCAUUGUUCACUCUUUAUGCCCGGUUAACGAUCACGGAGACAACACCUUACAAGCAAUAUGUCUGCGAUGACGCUGCUGGGCAGAAACGCACAUUCAAGAAGCAGUGGGAAGAAUUUCGCGAGUACUUCAGUCACUGGCAACAUGCCAAAGUGCUGUUCGCAACAUCAGCCUCCUGGUUCUUGUACGACAUCGCAUACUACGGUAUCAAUCUCAACCAGAGCAUUAUCCUGACAAGAAUCGGUUAUGCAAAGGGAGCAACACCAUGGAUCACCCUAUAUCACACUGCUGUGGGCAAUAUAAUUAUUCAGGUAGCAGGGUAUCUCCCCGGAUUCUACGUCGGAAUAUUCCUUCCUGAUCGUAUCGGUCGUGUGCGCCAACAAUUCUGGACCAGUAUCAUGGUGUGCAUACUUUAUGCCAUAUGGGCUGGAAUCAGCACACAGAGCGCACACACCCCGACAGCUGGCUUGAUGGUUAUCUUUGCCCUCUCGCAGUUUUUAAUGACGGUUGGUCCCAACUGCACGACGUUCCUGCUUCCCGCCGAAGUGUUCCCAACACGUGUUCGAGGCACAGCACACGGCAUAUCUGCUGCUUCUGGAAAAUGCGGUGCAAUUCUAACUGCAUUUGCUUUCGGCACUGUUGAAGAUGCAAUCGGCUUGGAGGGCGUCCUUGGUUUGUUCUCGGGGAUCAUGCUGCUCACUGCUCUUGUAACCUUGCUGAUACCCGAGACCAAGAAUCAUACUCUUGAGGGUAUUGAGAACAAUGGGCUCUAUAGAACACGCGAAGCUGUCACCGACCUUCCAACUAGUUGUAUUACAUAUGUCAACGUUGAAGCUGGGAACGGGGAGGCAAAGACCAGCUUUGGAGAUGAUCAAGUUAAGAAGUUAUCGGUAUAG